AGUCUUUCUAGAGGGUUUUGCAAUUAAUCAAUUCAACUGUGCCCCGGAUUUGCCCAAAACCAUGGGACUGUAAUUUUGACUAUUCCGCUGUUAACCCCUGUAACUUGAAGCGUUAUCCACUAGAAGCUGUCAUUAUCUGGAAUUUAAGAAAUCAAAACCAGGGCAAGCCAAUCUAUUCCUCGUGGGCCCUAUCCGGUGCCGAUUUUUCUCCUGUAAGGCGCUACUAGAUUUUCCUUUGAUCACAAAACCCCCUGCCUUUAUAAGGGAGGCUCUGCCUCCCCUAAAAUUCAAUUCAUUUUCAUACCUAUUCAUUAGAUUUGUGCAGAGAAGAUCUAACAACAAAAAUGCCAAGCGCUACUGCAGGGAAGGUUAUUACAUGCAAAGCUGCCGUGGCAUGGGCAGCAGGGGAGCCCCUUAAGAUAGAACAUGUGCAAGUGGCACCUCCACAGGCAAUGGAAGUCAGGAUCAAAAUCUGCUAUACUUCAUUGUGUCGCACAGACCUCGUUUUCUGGCAAGCAAAGGGCCAAACUCCACUUUUUCCUCGCAUCUUUGGACAUGAAGCAGCUGGAAUAGUAGAAAGUGUGGGAGAAGGGGUAACUGAUAUGAAGGAGGGUGACCAUGUACUGCCUGUAUUUACAGGGGAAUGUGGAGAAUGCAGGCACUGCAAAUCAGAAGAAAGCAAUAUGUGUGAUCUGCUAAGGAUUAACACAGACCGAGGGGUUAUGCUUGGUGAUGGCAAGUCGAGGUUCUCUAUCAGGGGACAACCCAUUUAUCACUUCUUGGGGACAUCCACAUUCAGUGAAUACACCGUUGCACACGUUGGCUGUGUUGCCAAAAUAAAUCCUGCAGCUCCUCUCAGCAAAGCCUGUAUUCUGAGCUGCGGUGUCUCCACAGGGAUGGGAGCUACAUUGAAUGUGGCCAAACCUAAGAAGGGUUCAACCGUGGCAAUAUUUGGUCUUGGAGGUGUUGGGCUUGGGGCUGCUGAAGGAGCAAGAAUUGCAGGAGCUUCUCGGAUUAUAGGCAUCGAUUUAGUCCCUGAAAGAUUUGAAAAAGCAAAACAGUUUGGUGUGACAGAAUAUAUCAACCCAAAAGACCAUCAGAAACCUGUUCAGCAGGUAAUUGCAGAAAGAACUGAUGGAGGAGCAGACUACAGUGUGGAAUGCACAGGAAAUAUUAAUGCAAUGAUCCAGGCUUUUGAAUGUGUUCAUGAUGGGUGGGGCGUGGCAGUAUUAGUAGGAGUGCCUCAUUCAGAGGCAGCUUUCACAACCAGUCCUCUCAACUUCCUGAAUGAGAGAACAUUAAAAGGGACAUUCUUUGGGAACUACAAGCCCAAGUCAGAUCUGCCAGGCCUUGUGGAAAAGUAUCUGAGUAAGGAGCUUGAGUUGGAGAAGUUCAUUACUCAUGAAGUCCCCUUUGCUGAGAUCAACAAGGCGUUUGAUUUAAUGGUGCAAGGGGAGGGCCUGAGAUGUGUCGUGAAACUGGAAGAUUAGAUGGUGAAGGAGAUUUUAGUAGUGUGGAAGAUUUUGGCUGGCUCAUGGAUGUCAAUAGUUGAAAGAUAAUGGAGGUUUUUACAAUGGACUGUAAUUUAAAUAAAAGCAGCUAGGUUAAUUUGGGUUUCUUGUAAAGGAUUAAAUAAAGCCUGGCAUGAUUAUGUGCAGAUAUAUUAGGAUAUUUUUGGUGUGUUUAAAAUUACUUCUGUCAAAAGUCAAUAAAGAAAGUAUUCAAAAGUUUAGUUUC